AUGUCUGGUCACGUUGGAUCCUCGGCGCAGCUGUCCACGCAACUAGAGCAUAUCAGAGAGUACUUUUUGCAACUGGAUGAUCAUCAAAGACGGCUCUACCUGUUCGAGCUGCUGAGUUGUUGCGACAGGUCUCUCCUACAAUUUGUGAAAUUACUGUGUCUGCCCAAAUGUCACGUCGACUUUCUCGAGCACCUACCCAUUGAACUGGCACUGCACGUUGUUUCUUUUCUUGACAAUCCUCGCACAUUGGCCGAAGCUUCACAUGUAUCGCGUUGCUGGCACGCGCUUUUGAAUGACGAGGCUGUUUGGAGACAAAUGUAUUUUCGGUGUUUCCCGCAUGUGCCCAUCUCAGUCCUACAAGCCAACUCGUAUCACGGUCGCUUUAUUCGCACUCACCAUAUAGAAUCGGGAUGGACUAAAGGCGGCAAUCUCAUCACCUAUUGUGAUAACGCUAUUGGCAGUGAUCUGACGACGUGUCUCCAGCUUGACGAUCGUUACUUUGUGGUUGGAAGCGACAACCAUUGUGUGGAGAUAUAUGACAGCACCACGGGUCACCAUGUCCAUACAUUAAGAGGUCAUGCAGGCGGCGUUUGGUGCUGUCACUUCAUCACAUUGAAGGAUACCUCGCUUUUGCUGACGGGCGGUUGUGAUCGGGAAGCGCGGCUUUGGGAUAUGCAUACCGGAAAAACGCUCCGUGUGUUCCGAGGACAUACUUCCACAAUUCGGUGUCUUCGGCUGUGCAAUCAGCGCCUGGCCGUUACCGGCUCCCGCGAUGCCACUAUCCGGGUAUGGGACAUUGAACGAGGUUGUAUUCGCCAUGUUUGUCGAGGUCAUCAAGCCAGCAUUCGAUGUUUAGACGUGCAUCACCGCCGAAUCGUUUCGGGAUCGUAUGAUGCCACCGCUCGGUUAUGGGAUUUGGAAACCGGCGAAUGUAUCCAUUUAUUACUUGGUCAUUAUUCGCAGAUUUAUGCUAUCGCGUUUGACGGGCAGAGGAUCGCUACGGGAUCAUUGGAUGCAAGUGUGCGAAUUUGGUGUCCGGAUACGGGAAAUUGUUUAGCAACAUUACAAGGGCACACGUCCUUAGUAGGCCAUGUACGGUUACAACCACUCGGCCAAGGUGAAACGCCGUUACUUGUAACAGCUGGCAGCGAUGGCUGUGUCCGCAUAUGGAACCUUGAUACGUUCAGGUGCACCCACCGUAUAGAGGCGCAUGACAAUUCGGUCACUAGCUUGCAAUGUGAUGAUCAACGUAUUUUGAGCGGCGGAAGCGACGGAAGAGUGAAAUUAUGGGAUAUUCAUACAGGCAACAUCAUACGAUCAUUUACGCAGGGCGGAAGGACGGUAUGGAAGCUCGACUUUAUCUACAGCAAAGCCGUUGUCCUGUUGCAGAGGCGGCUAUACAGCAAUUGCGACGAUUAUCUCGAAACCGUCAUCGAACUCCAUGACCUUGAAAAUAUAAAAUAA